AAGUCUAUGGGUAUGGACAGCGGCAGACAGUCGUUUGUUUACACUUGUUGCAAUGGCGACCAUCACUGAACUGAAGUGCGCCGUGAGGGAAACGCUGGAGUCCCGUGGUGUGCUGGGCCAGCUCAAGGCUCGCAUCCGGGCAGAAGUGUUCAGUGCCCUGGAUGACCAGCGUGAACCUCGUCCGCCACUGUCCCAUGAAAACCUCCUCAUCAACGAGCUAAUCCGGGAGUACCUGGAGUUCAACAAGUACAGAUACACUGCCUCAGUACUAACAGCAGAGUCAGGUCAACCUGAAGUUCCCUUGGACAGACAGUUCCUGGCAAAAGAGCUGAAAGUCACAGAGGAUACAAGCUCCAAGUCUGUGCCUCUUCUCUAUGGCUUGGUGUGCCACUUCGUGAACAGCAGUGAUAAUGGUGGAAAGGUGUUUCUGCGGGGUGCGUCUCUGCCAGCUGGUGCUAGUGCCAGCAACACAGUACCUGGACAUGACACCUAGAAGUUAAUGCAUGAGUCCUGGAAUAAAACGAUGCUUCUACACUCCAAUUAUGAAAUGUUGCAGCAUCUUGUUGGAUUUUAAUCCUUUUCUCCAUGAUUUUUCACCGUUCUCUCACCAGAGUGUAAUCAACAGGCAUUACAGCAUGGACUAUAUUCCUUCUGCUGAGCUGAUAAAAAAGGCACAAAGCCUUUGUAUUGCUUUAUACUGUAAGUUGCCAAUGAUUCCAGAUGGCCUUUUUUUGUUUAGGUUUUUAAUAGCUGCCUUUACCAAUAGGUUUAGCAUCAAUCCAUAUUGCUCAUUCUCUGAAUAAUUCAGAAAAAAAGUUUAAAUAUCAUUCUAGAUGUCUUCUCUGUUUGAAUUUACAAAUGUUUGAUACUUUUAUAUUGUGUUUUAGUUGUUGAACAAUAAACGUUUCAUAUUUAUGCACUACGGUGAAUCAAAA